CUUUCAUCAAGCCGAACUCUUCCACCUCGCAACCUGUCCGUCUCCUAAGUUUCUAAGGCUUGCAGAGGAACUUCUCUCCAGAUCUGCACUUCCUCAUUGAUUCCAAAGCUUAACUUAGCCAAGACAUCUGCACAAGUGUUCGCAGAUCGCCUUAUCCAGUAAACUUUAACUUCCCAUCUUCUGUUCAUCAACUCAUAAAUUUGAGCUUUCCUUCCAGGACGAACAAGCAUUCCACUUAAGUCGAGCUCGCCGUCGGACGCCGUCCGCGGUUGUCAACCCUGCCUUGUUGUUCUCCGGCGAGUAUAGUAGAAGGGGGCUUUUUCUUUCCAUGGUUGGAUGCUGCACAACUGAAAUAGGUGUUUGCCAAUUAGAAGGUGUUAGAGUGUCUUGAGAAACAUGUUCAGACAAGCAUUGGGCAAGGUUUGCAGCAAAAGUGUCUUUACUUAUGAAGGGAAUGGAGUUAGGCCUUGGAUUUUUGUGCCCUUAAGUUAUUUUCACAAUGGAAAGGUUCAUAUGGCACCGCGAAGUUUUUUUGGUGUAGAGGAUUUCCUUGAUGAUGACACCAGCCGACCUUACACUUAUCAGAAAGAGAAGAAAUCAAAGAAUCCAACUAAGCAUGUCUCAUUCAAACAGAGAACAGUUGCCUAUAUGGAACCUUUCACACUUGAUGUGUACAUCUCAAAACGCUUUGUAACAGCUUCAAUUACUCAUAGGAUGACAAGCAAACAAGUUGCAGUUGCGGGCACGAACUCUAAGGACAUAAAAGCUGUCCUUCGGUCUCGUUCUGACAUACCGGCCUGCUUGGCAGUUGGUCAAAUUUUAGCUGAAAGGGCAAGAGAAGCUGACGUUUACACUGCUUGUUAUACUCCAAGAGAGAGAGACAAGUUUGAAGGGAAAAUUAGAGCUGUGGUUCAAUCACUUAUUGAUAAUGGAAUUGAUGUCAAAGUUUAUCUCGACUGAGGUGGCGUAUUAGAUGAGUAAAUAUUAUUAGUUAAGUUCGUGAAGUUGCUACUGCCAAGAAGCAAAAAGAAGUUCCUGAUAUUUUGGUUUACAGUGAUCUCACCCUUUUUUAUGUUCACUCAUGUCAGUUUAGUCUGAAGUUAAAUUUCAACUAUGAUAGUGAUUUAUCUUUUUUCCUGGACUGAUUUUAUAGUUGAUUUUAUUUAACAAAUUUAUUUAAUUCA